AGACGCCAGAUAUAGCGUCUGAGUAGGAAGACAACGCCAAACAACGGUGGCAAAGUGCCAUUUUGUCGAGAUAUUUCAAACCGGUUUAUCAAAAUUUCAGCCUCUAAUAGAAAACUGCUGGUAGCAUCGAUCGGUUGUGGACGUCCCGUGAUCAGCUUUUUUUUCAGGCUCUGUCAUUGACCCUCGUUUCCAAGGGGAGAAUCAUAACGAGUAGGUGUGUACGUUUAUCUGUACGACCUUGAAGUAAUCCGGCACUGAGUGAGAGAACGACUGAAAGGUUGCAGAUACCCACAACAAGUGAUACUCACAAAUAUGGGUGGAAAUCAGUCCAACUUGCCUCCCCGACCAAUGGGCUUUGAAUACAUGUGUAUUGCUGUUCGUGAAACAGACAAAUUGCGCAUUGUCCUUGGCACAGAUCGAGAAAUAAGCAUUAUCCGCCAGGUAAUUGAGGAAUCAUGGCCCAAAGGGAUUCAACAAGAGACAUUCAAAAUGAAUGGUGUGCAUGAAUUCAAGUUGAAAGGAAAUCCAUUCUGUGCUGGCACUUCAUCAAGUGAUGCAAUCAUUUCCAGGAAAAUGGCUGGAAAUGUUCUGCACAGGCUUUACCGUGAUGGAUGGAAGCUUCAAAUGUCAAGCGACCUAACACAGACAACAGAUCUCACAACAUGGAUUUUCAAGCAAGAUACCACUUCCAUCUGUCCAUCUUUGCCAUUUCUCAUUGUGGGUCUCAGCAGUUAUGAUAGUUUGAUGGUACUCAAUGGUCCAAUGGACCUCCAUCAAACGUUCAAGGAUGUCAUAGAGAAGUCCUGGCCCCAAGGAAUACAGCGAUGGACGUAUGAGAAUGAUGUUUUAAUGAUCAAAUUGAAGGGAAAUCCCUGGUAUGCGAAUGGUGAGGAUACAGUACAUGCCAGAGUGAUUUUACACACUCUUAUUGGUGCACUGCAGGUCAAACAGUGGAAGCUCUAUGGAAAUUCCAACCUUAGGAGUAGUGCUAACACUCUAUUUUUUGAGCAUGAUCCUAAUAUUGUGCCUGGCAUGCAGUUUUCUCCCAUCCCUGGAAUGCAGUUUUCUCAGUCACACUUCACAAUCAGUUUCAACAGUCAUGACUUGUUGAGACUGAUUGGUGCACCAGAGGGGCUGGUGUCUGCUGUUCGCAACACUCUUCAGACCUUCUGGUCAAGAGGCAUUCAAGAAGAAAGAUCCUAUGCCGGCAGCUGGCAGUUCAAGCUACGAGGCACUCCUUGGUGGGCAUCAGGUGAUGAAGCUGUGGACUCGAGGUUUCUGGUUUUGAAGGUGCUCGAAGCUUUGCAAGCCUAUGGAUGGAGUGUGGCGGCCAGUGUUGAUUGCUCAAGGAAAGAUUCUGACAAGAGUAGUGUGAUCUUUAAAACAUCUCAGCCAACUCAGUCUCAUUUCUUCUGCAUCAGUUUGCAUGAGACUGACAAGUUGCGGCUUAUAAAUGCACCUGAGGAUGUCGCAAAGAUUUGUCAGGAUGUGAUCCAAUCCCAGUAUCUUCUUGGCAUUCAAAGGGUGCAGCUUUAUGGUAAAAGCCUUGAGUUCAAAUUUGUGGGUAACCCUUGGAGUUGUGGAAUAGAUGGUCAUGAUGGUAUCCAUGGCAGAAAUAUGUUACUGCACAUAUUUCGUGCUUUAGCAGGCCGCUUUUGGCGUCCAGUCACGUCAGCAGAUGUGUCAGCCAAAUAUAUCCACCAGGAAAAUGGUCCUGAUUAUCCAUUAGAUGUGGAUUCUAUAUUCUUUACCUAUGAUCCUUCUGCUGCAUCACCAUCUGCACCCCCCUAUAUGCAGCCACCACCUUAUGGCUUUCUCCCACCCAAUGAGGCUCCACCACCCUUUGCUCCACCUGCCUAUGGUGCAUAUCCAAAUCAGUGAUAAAGUGGUAUGACAUCUAGUCUUGCAUAUGAAAUGAUUACCAUAAAUGGUGCUCUGAAAGAAGCCUAUGACUGUAUAGUGUCUUAUAAUUCCCAAAGGAUUCUGAGUUACAUGAAUGAAACCAGUCCUUAUUAUGUCAAUUACAAUCAACUACUAAUACUGUUUUGUCACCUUAUUUAAACCCCCUGGUGGGGGGACUUGUCAUGGAAAAAAGGUUUGUUAAGGGGGGGGGGGAGUUAGUAGCUUUGAGGGUUGGCAGAUUUGGUCUUUAAAAACUCACAGAUUGUGCAAUUUUGCACAAAAGUAAGCAGAUUUAUAGUUUUGGAAAUUGCUCUGGAUUGCGAAUAAGUGGGGUGAUUUAGUGGAGUUCUCCAAGACUUUGUCUUACCUAGAGACCCUGACGAGCUAACAAUUCAGUUUCAAACACCUAAAAAGACAGGAAACUUCAUGUAAAAUCAAGUAAUAUCCUAUGGAAGAAAAGCAAAGUAUAUGUAGAUACAUUAUGUAGUGAAAUGAAAGCAAGCUAGUCACAAAGACAGUUUUUCAGUAACGCUGAUUCAGAUCUCAACGAAAAGAAUGUUAUUUUCACGGAUCUAGCUAGAAAUUAGUUUUUACCUGUCGGCAGAUGUUUAAGCUUUUAUUCUCCUCCUUCUUAAAGAAUAUUAUAACUUGAUCAUAACGUCACAACUCUUUCUCUCUCAUACUACGACAAUUUACGUCAUAAUUGACAAAUGAGUAAAAAUGGGAAAUUAUUCCCCAGUUUAAACUUGCGAUAUUUAAUAAUCCAUGCGUGAUUAAUUGUGACAAAAAGGGUUUACAGGUACGGUAACCCGCUCAAUCUUUCGAAAUUAAUCAAUUACUGGUGUAUUUAUACCAAUGGAAAAGGGUGUUACAAAAAUAAAGAAACAAACAAUUUGAAUUAAAUGGUACUGGGCAAUUCAGAAUUAUCCACAACUUUUUUCUGUUAUGAAAAUACGUAAUCAGUUGCCAUCGUCUUUGGAAAAAAUUGCCUUCUAGAGGAACGUAACACAUCUUUCAUCAAUAACUAUUCAUGUUACUAUUUGUUAAUAUGUGGCAUGUCAAAACAUUAUUUUUUUUAUCUAUAUUCUCUAGUAAUCGACUAUUUUGAUGUAACUAUGCGAAAGGGCAUUCUUGACUUCAUCAUGAAUAGAUAUCGUUUUGGUAGAAGAAAAGAAAAAGAAAACGAUAUAAAGAUGCUUGCGCUAUCAAGGCAUGACAGAAUAUAAGCUUUUUAGGCUAAUCAAUAUGCUACUUUCUGCGGCUCACCAACACAGUUCAGUGAAUGCUGCAGCCCAUCGGAGAAACGGGGAAUUCCGUGAUGUUCGUCGAUCGAGUCUUGAGCUCCACACAACUUCACCCGGAGCCAGGCUACGACGCAACUAUCCCGUGCGUCUGUGAGCUAUUUCCUAGGGGGUCCUCCUGUCUUGAAAAACAUCAGCUUUAGUGCCACUCCCGGUGAGAAAAUAGAUGUUGGACGGACUGGUACUAGAAAGUCGUCAGUUACCGCCUGUUUGUUGCGCAUGCCAGCAAACACCGACACCAUCAUUAU